CAAUCUGAAGACUAUGAUGAAAUCAAGACACCCAUGAAAGCUGCUUGGUUAAAAGAAGUGGAUCUAUCCAGUGUUCCCAAUAUCCCUAUUCGACCUGUGGGGUCGGGUGAAUGUGCAGACCCAAAAUGCGAUGGUACAGACAACGACCUUUGUUUCGAGUCCUGCGGUAAUCAAGCUUCUGAAGACGAUAUCUAUGGCUGCCCUCUAGAUCAUCAUUGGGCCCUUACGUUUGAUGAUGGACCCAGUAAUUUCACCAACCACCUCUUAGACAUUCUUGAUCAAGCACAAGUCAAGGCUACCUUUUGUGUAAUGGGUUCCCAUGUCUCUCAAUAUCCUGAAGUCAUCAAACGUGCUUAUGAAGCAGGCCAUCAAAUUGCCUCUCAUACCUUUUCUCAUCCUCACUUGAUGAGUUUAUCCAAUGAAGAAAUUAUUUAUGAAGUCAAGGCAACAGAAGAAGCGAUUGAAGAAGCCAUUGGUGUUCGUCCUCGGUAUAUUCGUCCUCCUUAUGGUGAAGCAGAUGAUCGUGUCAAGGCUUUACUCAAAAGUAUGGGCUACAAAGUCUUGCUUUGGAAUGUGGAUCCUACAGAUUAUGAUGUCUAUCAGAGAAAAGAUGCUUCAGAGGUCAUUCAAGGUUCAUUUAAAAUGGCUGCUGCCGGUGAAGAUACUGGUUUGAAUUCGCAUGACGAUCUUGGCUUUAUUAGUUUACAACAUGAUUUAUACAAGGAAUCUAUUGACCAAGUACCCAAGAUCAUUCAAACAUUACAAAAACAAGGAUUUAAGCUGGUUACUGCUGCUGAAUGUAACCAAGAUCAAGACCCUCAUCACCUGUUG